AUGAAGAAUACAACAAAAGCACCAAUACACUAUAGAGAUAAUGGACAGCUCCACUGUCCAGUGGUAGGCCAUGUAGUCACGGAAUUAAAGAUAAAUCAAAAAGAUGGAAAGUUCGCAGGCCUUACUGUGGUUGAGAGCAGUGCCACCUCUGAAAUGCCAGCAUUAACCAGUGACCAGCAUUCUAUAUUUUCUCAAGACCCACCACCGCUACAGGUUUCGCCAAAUUCCAAGACAAGGGUUUUUCUGGAAGAAUUUAACAUGCUAAUUUCGCGAAUUAUGAAGGCUAAUGAUUUGUCGUUGAACAAUAAUCUGUUGCAAAGCUUUUCAGAUUUUCAAUGGGUGUAUGAAGGUUUGAAAGAUAGAAAGAGUGAUAAUAAUAAGGAUGGAAUCGAAAGUAUGGAAAUUUCUGACAAUGAACUUCGGGAACCUAGGGAGAUUGAAAUAAUUGAGAUCUCUGAUGAUCAUGAUGAACUUCGAGAACCUAGGGAGAUUGAAAUAAUUGAGAUUUCUGAUGAUGAAGAUGAAAUUCAAAAUCCUAGGGAGAUUGAACUAAUUGAGAUUUCUGACGACGACGAAUAUGAUAAACCAGCGCCACGAUGCUUUAACCUUAUGAAUACCAGCAUUCGUAACCUCAUGUCUUUUCCUGGCGUUGAAAUAGAACGUUAUCCCCUCUUGCCAAAGUUUAAAAAUCUCCGUCUCAAAAAAGCAGCACUAACUCAUCGUAAGAUGAAUUCAAUAGUUGGAUUCAAUUAUGAGCGCCUAGAACAUCUAGGAGACCGGGUGCUCCAACAUGUAGCAAAUCAGAUGGCUUUUGAUAGAACCAAAAAUCAUCCCAUGCUAUGUGACCAUGAACAAAAAAUUAUGAAACGUAUCGAAGUUGCAAUCAACUUCUUUGUCAAUAACAAAACUCUGGCAGUGAUAGGAAAUAUUCUGGACAUUGCUACGUAUGUGAUUAAGGAAGUUGGAGGACCACAAAAAUUAUCCACCAAAGACACCGCUGAUUAUGUGGAAGCCUUGAUCGGCGCUCUUUAUGAAGAUAAUAAUCGCAACUUUGAUCCAAUCAGAGAAUGGUAUGAACCAAUAACCGGUUCUCUCUUAGAUCGGAUCUUGUACGCGACGAUUUAUAGGAAUCCUAAUGAAGCGGAUGUCUUUAACUGGGUAACGGACAUUUACUCUCACCUUAAUAAAAAAUUCAAAAAUAAAUGA